UAGUAAUUUGAAUGAAGAUGAACUUGAAAAUGCAAUUCAUGAAAUUACUACAGCUAUAACUGAAGAAAAUGAUAUUUUUGAAUUUAUUAAAGAGAAGGAUAGUUUAGAAAAUGAAAAUUUAGAUAGUGAUAUAGAAAAUAAUGAUAAUUUACUUAUAGCAGAAAUUAUAAAUUUAGAUAUACUUAAUUUUAAAGAAAAUGAAAAAGAUAUUGUUUUAGAUAGUAAAGUUCAAUCGAAAUCAACAAAAAAUCAUGGAGAUCAUAAUGUUGAUUUUGAAGCAAUACUUAAUGAAGAAUUAGGUAAAUAA